CACAGUUCCGUUUGUCUGUCAUUCAUUUGUCAAAUUGUCAUACGCGUCGGUGAUGUGUUCGUGCGCGAUCGUUGCUCGUUGUUAAAUGUUUUGUAAAUGUUGUGCGUUUAUGUGAUAAUGAGAAAACACGCGCUAGACUACCUAAUUAUUAAGUGAUGAAUGUGUUAUAAGUUCAGUGUGCUGUUACAAAUUUGUUGUUUUUUGUAUGUCACCGGACUCCAACAUGGCGGCACCACGGCACAAAUCACAACAGAAAAAUAUAUCUUCGAUAUUUUCGAAGUUGCACGGUGCUUUCUCGGAUGCCGUAUGCCCGACGAAGCUUGCGACAGACAAAAGAACAUUGGACAAGACUUGGAAGUUGAUGGACAAAGUGGUGAAAUUGUGUCAACAUCACAAGAUGAAUUUGAAAAACAGCCCGCCUUUCAUUUUAGAUAUUUUGCCGGAUACAUAUCAAAGGUUACGUGUAAUAUAUUCUAAGUACGAAGAUAACAUGCAGGCUUUGAAUAGUAACGAACAUUUUAACAUAUUUAUAAUAAAUUUAAUACGGAAAUGUAAGCAGGCAAUAAAGCUUUUUAAGGAGGGCAAAGAGAGGAUGUUUGACGAGAACUCUCACUAUAGGCGUAACUUGACGAAGCUGAGUCUGGUGUUCAGCCACAUGCUGAGCGAGCUGAAGGCCAUGUUCCCUAACGGAACGUUUGCCGGAGACCAGUUUCGCAUUACCAAGAGUGAUGCCGCUGAGUUUUGGAGGACUAACUUCGGUAACAGGUGA